GAUCCGUUUAGGAGAUGCAUGAAGAGCUGCAAGGAGUGGCGGAGGAGAAGAGCGGGUGCACGAGCCACGGCUGAAUGUGCAUGAGUGUGCUGAGGAGAGCAGGUGGAUGAGUGAAUUGGAGGAAAAAAAAACAAAAAAACAGGAGACAGGGGGAGAACUGAAAGCAGGAGAGCACAUCUCUUAUCCAGCAUCUUUGAGAAGCUGAGCCAGACGCACAGAAAACAUGGCCAACAUCACCACCACAAUUCACCAAAGUAGUCUCCCUGAGGCAGUCUCUCUAUCCCGCGUCUCCUUUCAGGUCCAAGAAGUCUACCCAUUCCAUGAUGGCUGGAACAUUGCCUGCUUCAUCAUUCUUCUACUUUUCAUCCUUACCGUCCUGUCGCUGACUGCUCUGGCCGUCCUCUAUGAGCUGCUAGACUGUGGAUGCUGCGCUAAAGGAAAAACACACCACCAGCUUCAAGAACAAGGGCCAGGAGGCUGCGGCAAGCUCAUGACCAGCAUUUGCAAGGAGCCAGAAUCUCACACAGAAGUGGUAUAGAGCCAACAGGGAGUGAUAAAAGGGGAAAUAGCAUUUCCACUCACAUAAAAAAGGACUAAAAUCAACAAAAUAUUUUCCCAGUUACCUACUGUAAAAAUGUAUAUUAGACAAGUAAUGAAAGGGAAAUAGAUGCAUGAUAAGCAUACUGACAAGUUGCUUUAAACACUUUUUUUUUUUUAAGAUAAAGAAAUGUUUUUUUGCUGCUUCUUUUUCCUAAGUCAAAAUGGACUAUAUUACUGCAUGCCAAAAUAAAGGCAAUGUUAACCAUCGGAAAGCAAGAAUGUUUUCUUUACGUUUCACAUAUUACCAUCUUGACAGUACGUCGACAUAAAUAGCACUGCUUCGUUAGCGUAAGAUAUUUCGAUAUCUGAACAGUGAGAGAUUUAAUCGUCAUUCCAUAUGCCUUAAUCACAAACUGCCUAUUCAACUCUCACUAACAUAUAUGGGUUUUUAUUCACCGUCUUAAAAACUGACUGAUGCUUGGCAUGCAAAUUGUGUGGGCUAAUUUUGUUGGACAUGUGUGUAUAUGAAAGGGUUAAAACAAUCGUUAAGAUUUUCAAAGAAAAAUUCUCCAUUCCUAUUGUAAAAAAAAAAA